AUGUCAGAGAAAAGGCACGACCCAGUUGUGGUCUACACGGUUAUAAAAGACCGGAUUCCAGUCAUUCCUGAAUUUCUUGGUAAUUCCUACCUUUCCGUGAGGGGAUUUCGCGCCACCUCAUGGACAGAGACAUUGCUUGAAAUGACUUUCCUCCCCAAGAAGACAACAGGGCUCAUUAUUUAUUCAGGAUUCUCCUUUGACAAACGCGGAGAUUUCAUUUGUGUUGCUCUCGUAAAUGGUAAAAUUAUUGUCAGUCUGGAUCUUGGCCAUGGCCCAUCAUUUAAAAAAAGUGCUCAAAACCUCACACUCAACUCCUGGCACACUCUCCGUGUAAAAAGAAGAGGUCGAAGUUUUGACAUUUAUCUGAGUGGCCAACACACAUCCUCGGGUCCGGAAAUCUUUACACAAGGCAGCUUCGUUCAGUUAACAAUAAUGGACGAACUCUAUGUUGGAGGGAUUCCCAACCCAGACCGGAUUUCUGCCUAUCUGCCAGAGUAUCAAGAACUGGUGUCUUAUAAAUCAGUAAGAGGCUUUUCCGGAUGUGUUCAAUCCGUAAGUGACAUUCCACCAUCACAAAUUGUAACCUGCUUCGGAAGAAGACACAUCAACACCAUGGCGCGAACGGGAACUUUGUGGUUGAUCCUUAUUGUCUUCUUCAUUUCUAAAACUAAUGCCGGACUCCCCGAAGUGCAUCUGAACAACGAAGCAGCUUUUGCAGAUCCUCAAGGACGCCUUCUUCUCUUUCAUGGUUUCAACUCUGUCUACAAACAACCACCCUACUUCAAUGCAAAAGACGUCAGUGACACUCGACUUAAUUUCUUCCAACAAUGGGGUUUCAAUGUUGUUCGCUUGGGCGUACUUUGGCAUCCGACAUUUCCACUUGGUCCAGGGGAUCUAAAUGACACUUACCUAAAGGCUAUUGAAUGGCAAGUGGAUAGGUUUGCCAAUGCAGGAAUCUACGUCAUUUUGGAUAUGCAUCAGGAUUCCCUAUCAACGAUGUUCGGUUCUUAUGAUGCAGUCCCAUUGUGGCUGUUAAAAAGCUUCCCGAAACCACCUGGGAUCUUCAAAUAUCCCUGGCCAAGGAAAAAACUUCCAUCCGGAGAUUGGGAGGGAUAUACCACCUACGCUUGUCAGAUGGCCUUUCAGCAUAUCUAUAACAAUCAAACAAACGCUUGGGAGCAUUGGGGCAACUUUUGGGUUCAAGUGGCCAAUAGAUUCAAAAACAGAUCGAACGUUCUAGGCUAUGAGUUGAUGAAUGAACCAUUCGCGGGUAACAUCUACACCAACCCUCUAAGAGCGAUUCCAGGUUACGCCGGUAAGCACAACCUGGCGCCAGUUUAUGACUACCUGGUGCGUCGCAUCCGCAGCGUGGAUAAACAAAAGUUUAUCUUUUUCGAGGGCGUCACUUGGAGUGUUUUAGCAACGUCGAAACAUGAUGGACUUGCUGGGCCCGGAUUUGAGCGCGUCCCCGGGGGUAGCGCCGAUCCGCAAGAAUUUCAGAAAAGUGUCUUCUCCUAUCACUACUACUGUCCGUUAAUCGAGCUGGCCAACGGAAGUCUCAAUUUCUCUCCUUACACCCGCCUGAUUUGUGACGAUAUCAUAAUGCCCAGAAUGUUCUCAUCGGUCAAGGGAAUCGCUCGCGGCUUAAAAAGUGGAAGAUUCCUGACAGAAUUCGGAAUAUGCGCACCCGAUGGGAAUCCUGAUUCCAUCAAUACAAUCGAGUGUAAUGCUGUAAUGAAUGCAGCGGAUGCACAACUGCAGUCAUGGACAUAUUGGGAUGCAAGAUUUUUCGAUGAAAAAGGAAAUCCUGUGAUCGAUCUGGUCAAAUCAUUCGCCCGAGUAUAUCCAAUGAUGACUGCUGGUGAACCAAUAAGCCUAGUAUUUGACGUAAAAACUGGAUCUGCUUUUUAUGCGUUUUCCUCAACCAGGCUGACUAUGGACCUGGCCAGAAAAAAGGAGCCAAUCGCAAGCAUAUUUAUUCCAAUAGAGAUACAUUACCAAAAUGGAUACAAGUUCGAAGUUAACCCAAUUUCAAUUUGGUAUAAUGUUUCAUUACAUAAUAGUAAUCUAUUCUAUUUAUACGCGCCCUCUAGUGGACUUACUGAGGGCGUCAUCAUUGAAGCAACUGUACUAAAUGCCCCAAGGAGUACGCAAAUAAUUUCCAGGUCAAUUGAAGACUCUGCACAGUCCUCAGCAUUGUGCGCAAAUUUAGGAGACGUUGAUGUAAAGAAGACCAUGAGCAGAAAUUCUUUGCAAAAGAUUUGUCUUGCCGUUGCUUAUCUUAGGAGAGGCCCCAUCAAAAACUCAGGUCACCAAAGUUCUUCAAACGGCUUGUCGCCGAAUCCCCUUGAUGUUUCCACUCCAAUUAUCAAAGCGGAGUCGCCGUCGAUUCAGUCUGCGAAACGUUUUGCGGUAGAAGUACAUCCUUCUGAUCACGAUCACAAACAGUUAGAUAGUAUUCAUUCUGGACGUCCUAUAGUUCAUCCGUAUGCUCGACCGAAAACACUUACUAUCCGUGCAUACUCGGCUAAUGAUGCGAGUCCUAAGCCUUCAUCUUGGUCUUUCGACUAUACAUCACCUAAUGCUGAAGGAUGCGGUUCUGAAAUCUCAAAACUAUCAAUUCCAAUGACGGACACAUCAGCGGACCUUCAAACAGGAAAUGUUAUAGGGACUCUGAAAUGUCUGCAAUCGAUACCAGACGGCACCUGCUCCUUGCGCAAUCGUUGUGCGUUGGGCAGUACAAGCAAGGCGCAACCUCGGCGACAGCCUUUGAGCAAGUUCACCACUUCACCUUCUCUGGACUCCGCUACUACCACCACUAUGAGCUGUACCCUCUUGCACCGUCCCUCACCCACUAAAGCCUUCCCUUUCCUUCCUGACGGUACGGCCUAUCUACUCUCAGACGAGCAGCAUCGAGCUGUGGACCAAUCACUCCGCAGUACAAAGUUGCUGCUGCAUUCUCUCAAGCGCCUUCUUAUUGAGAAUGCUGGACAUCCGCAUUCCUUUGCUGAACAGGUGGAAAAUCGGACGUUAAUUCAUUCGCCGGUGCACGGGAAUUGUAUUCAUACCUCGCCUGCGUUGGAUACCUUUGAAGUGGAGUCGCCUUCUUCAAAGAACACGUUCGGUCUUUCACUCCCUUUUGCGGCGGCCAAGAAGCCCACCAACUUGGAUGAUGCAAUGUUGGAGAUUCGUCGGCUAAAAGAAGAAAACAGCCGACUUCAGGAGGAAUUAGCCAAAACUGAGAGAAUGGUUUCCGUCACAAUUGGGAAAAAGUUAUCAAGUAACGGAUUACUGUACUCAAUGUCCUCCAUGGGGCAUCUUCGAGCUCUGCAUGUUAGUUUACGUCUCAAAUGCUCGGUGUCGCGUUUAAAACCUUUUCGGAAACCACUUCAAAGUGGAGGAGGUAUAACACUUAACGAUGUUGCAGACGUCCGCAUACGGAGUGUUGAUAUGACCCAAUCGGAAAUUGAUUUUCUCACAAAGGAUUAUGGCCAUCCGGAUGAAUGGCAAUUAAUCUAUCGCCUACGGGCCAUGCCCAUCGCUCAGGCUUUUUCCAGACUCAAACUCCUUCUCACUUUCUCGUUGGCUGUCGGAACAUCUAUGUCUAUGGUUGGUCACCUCGUUGAUCUAGUGGAUGUGGAGCUUUGUCGGUUCCUUUUUGCUGCUUCUCUGUUCUCCCUGUGCACACUCUGUGUAUUCAGCUUCUAUUCAACCAAAGUCAUUGGUGUGAUAAGUCAGAACAAAUCGACUGGAUUGCUUCGCCUAGGUCUACUCAACUUUUGGGGCAUUCGGCGCAACGUUAUUAUUCAUCCUGAACAAUUACUUCCAGCUGCGGAUCUAUCUGAUAGCGACAAGAAACGCACCGUCUGUGUGGGUCUCACUGGGGAUAUUUUGAAUCCGAAAUACCCUAAAAUCCGAUCCCUCUAUAUUUCCUCUCUGACGGGUCAAAUUGGAGACUGUACUCUUUUUGAGAAAUACAUCGGGAGGAUGCGGUGGAAAUUCUGUGACCUUGAGUCUAAGCAGACAGCUGGUCGUUUAGGAGAUAGCAUGGGUUUUUGUGGAUCAGGAAAUAGGUUACCAGCUGCGCAUGAAAUAUGUUUUCAAGAGGUUGUUCCUCAAUGUCCCAUGGGGGAAGUUGCUCCAAACUUCCCUUGUCCAGGUCCACAAAGGCAUAAACUUAAUCAUUAUGACCAAUAUGAGACAACAUACUGGAGUUUAAACAAUCCACUUUGUAGAGUUGGAGCCUUCAGUGAUCUCCGUUUUAGUAAGCACGUGGGAUCGCCGAACCUCAGUUUGAAUAUUCUUGACAAAACUCUCCUUAAUUUGUCAUAUGAAAAUACCGAUGCAAUUAUUCAGUUGGGCAACAUUAUCGAUACACGUUAUGUUAGUACUGAAGCCGAAGUUGAAGAUUUGAUUGCUCAUCUGGCUCACGUUUUUAAUAAAACCUACAAGAAGGUGUGCCACGUGAUUGGUGACUUGGAUUCUGCAGUUCGUGAACAAUAUACAAAUUCAUUCAUGAGAGAUCUUGCACUUUCGCAUGAAAGGUCGCAAAACCACCUCCGAUUUUGUGGAGACAUGUACUAUUCGGUGAUGAUUGGACCACAAUGGAGGCUUGUUGUUUUGGAUGGCUAUGAGCAAUUAGCAGUCGAACCAAGAAAUACUACUGAUCCACCGACACCAUAUAACUCUGAGGCAACUGGAAACGGCUUCUUAAUGCAUUUCAAUAUCAGAGACCCUGUCAAUAAAAAAUGCACAAUGCAUAUCUCUGAGGCAACCAAGCCAAUUGGAUGGUCGCGGGAGCUCAUGACUAUCGGUGAAUUCUUGACAGCAGAGGAACGCGGGCAAGUGCCAAGAGUUCGACUGAUCAUGUCGCAACGGCAGCUUAAGUGGCUCGACGAGACAAUUCAGGAGGCUCUACACUGCAAUGAAAAUGUUGUCGUAGCGUGCCAUGCACCGCUUCAUCCUUUGCUGGUUCAGGACCGCUCAGCACUUGUGGCCAAUUGGCGGGAAAUUCUAAAAAUCCUAAUGCAUUGUGGUGUGGUUCGCUGCUGUCUGAUGGGUCAACCACUGAGUAUGAAUGAUGAGAAGAAAGAAUGCGUCCCGACUUAUCAUCAGGACCACGGAAUACUCUAUUAUACCCUUCCAUCAGUUAUGGAUAUCGCGGAGAGAAGCCGUCAGGCUUCAGCUCACCUUCUACUUGAUUUGGGACGCGAUUUUGUAAGAAUUCGGGGCGAGCAAAUUGGACUUCUCCCAGAACAUCAGCAAUAUGGUGUAGUACAUUCCUUUAGGCCCCGAACAAAGAUUUCCUUCAAGGACCGGGACUAUUCCUUCAAUGGAGCAAUAAAUCGACACAGGCUUGACAAGAGCUAA